UAAACGUAGAAGAAGAGAAAGAAGACAGCUCAGUCUGUAGCUUCGUCCUGAUCAGACAUCCAUGAUGCUGAUGUGGUUUAGUUGUGGACUAUUUGGCUUCGUUAGCAUUAGCUAGCACUGCUGCUAACUAUGCCGAUGAGCAGUCAGUAGAUGUCUGUUUCUGGAGGUGUAACUUCACAGGUGUCUCUUUCUGCUACCAGUACUAAUGUGUGUAGUGUGAGCGGACAUGUUGAGCGUGGAGUGUCUGCAGGUGGCUGAGGAGGAGGUGGUUGAAUCCAGCUCCAAUAAACUCGGUGACAUUUAUAUGUUUGUGGCUAAAGGCUGUUUUCCUCAGACGAUGAAUCCUUUACGAAAGAAGAACCUGAAAAGAUACGCCCAGAAGUUUAUCAUCGAGGAGGGCAAGCUGUACUAUGUGGGACCCAAGAAAGAGGAGAAGAGGGAGGUGGUGAUAGAGGCUGAGAGGAAGAGGCAGAUUUUUCUCGACUGCCACUUCAAUGACAUCGGUCAUCACCUGGGCCAGAAGAAGACCGUCCACAGGAUCCAGAGCAAGUACUACUGGCUGGGGAUCAUCAAGGACGUGGUGGACUGGAUAAAGGUAUGUGAGACCUGCCAGCACACAGAGAGGAAUAAAAACCUGGCAAGGACUGUCCGGCCUAUAAAAGUGGACGCACCGUGGGAUAUAGUUGGGAUUGACAUUAUAGGACCUUUCCCAGAGACACCGCAGGGCAACACCAACGUCACCGUCCUCAUCGAUUACUUCAGUAAAUGGCCAGAAGCUUUCCCAGUGCAAAAGACAGACGCUCUCUCUGUUGCAAAAUGUAUUUCCAAAUGCAUAUACAGGUUUGGUGCCCCUAAAACACUUGUGUGUACGCAGACUGCUGACUUCUGUGAUGAGGUGACGAAGCUGCUAAACGACAGGUGGAGCAUUGUGCAGAAGGUGUCUCCUCUGGAUCAACCUCAGCUCAACCCGCUCCACGACUGCACCAGUCCUCUACUGAGGGAAGCUGUUGUGCAGAUGGCAACGGAGAAGCAGGCCGACUGGGACGACUUCCUGGACCCUGUGCUGUUUCUGUUCAGGACGUCCACCAACCCUACGACCAAGUUCAGCCCGUACUCCCUCAUGUUCAACAGGAAAGCUAAUCUACCAAAUGAGACUACGCUGAGCCCGCUGAAUUAUGACGACCAAGAGCAGGAUAUGUAUUCCACAAAGGAGAAGGCCUCAGCGUAUAUGACCAUAAUGCAGGAGCAACAGAACUCUGUGAAGCACCUGGUGAUUGCCAACAUGAACGCAGCCUACAAACAAGAGAAGAAGAAGAACGCCAAGCGAAGGACACACAACAUGCCCUCGAUGACCUUUAAAAUCGCAGAUCCUCUGUUCGGGGCAGGAGACUCGCCCUCCCCGAAAAAGCUGAAAGACAGUUUAUAUUUAUCUUUUCCUGUUGAGACGGUGCUGGCCACCGAGCAGAGCAGCUCCGAGGACAUGAAGACGGAGUUAGCCUAUCACUUAUCUGAGCCUGACGUCCACUGAGGACGAACGCUCACAGAUCCGCAUGUUGUCAUGAGCUGCCUGAAGUCUUGGACACAAGAAGGGAAAUCCAGAUGUUGGUGAAAUGAGUGUGAUAAUCAGUUGUAGAUUUAUCUGGCACUCAGAAACAGAAUCAAUGUGCCAAAGAAAUGGAAGUAAACAUUCACCCACAUGAAUUGUUUCCCUACAAAAAAAAUGUUGUUUCCCAUGAAAAUGAUGUUAACUUAUUUUUACUCCACUGUGUCAUACAAUAGAUUUUUAAGCUACAAUACAUUAAAAUAAAGGUAUUGUUUCAUUUGGGUA